AUGGCAACUGAGGGAAGAUCGACAUAUCCUAUCGAUCUAUGUUUUGAUCUUGAUCUCGUUCUGACGGUUCCGGAGGAUUCAGGAGAGGUCGCAACAUCAGAAUCUUUGGUAUCUGACAUGCCGACUGUCUAUACCGCCGACGUGUGUACGGUGUGCAUGGAAGAAUUGGAUGCAGCACCUGGUAAAUGUGGAAAACAAAUGCCCUGCGGCCACGUCUACCAUCCCACUUGCAUCUCCACCUGGCUCUCUCUUUAUGACUCCUGCCCUGUCUGCCGCUCCAGCGUCUCCGGCCAUGUCUCGGAGUCCGAAUCCCGGAAAACUUCUUCUCCGUAG